CAUCAUAAACAGAGCCCACCCCGGAGAGGAGAGCCUAUAAAAGCAGUGUGCGUCGGAGCCAUCUACGACCAACAGGAGACACUUGGAAAUUUGCGCCCCGGAGGACAGUUCUUCAGUCCGCGUUGAGAUGAGAGGUUUUACACUGAACAAUGUCUGCCAGUGGGGCUUAUUCACAUAUCUGGUCUUGUUUUCGGUCAUGACUUUCACCUCUGCAGUUAGUUUCGACCUGACUGAGCUUAGGAAUAAAGUUGCAAAAAUCAAAGUGAAUCCAAGAGGCAAUCUUUGGGCAACAGGACAUUUCAUGGGUAAGAAGAGUGUGAUGGACACCCCCCUGCUGCCUUCAGCUGAGGACCAGGGUGUCGGUGCGCUGGAGGACUCUGUUCCCGCGGAGCAGAGCGCACUCGGGGAGCUUUUCCAAGAGUUUCUGCGGGUGGCGUUGCAAGCGCAGGUGGAUACGCAAGAAAGCCGCUCGAAAAAUCAGGAGUCGGACUUGUUGAUGAAGAUUUUAGAAAACUACAUCCAAAACAGAAAGUAAUGCAGCGGAUUAAAACCUGGCACCUGUGAUCUGAGGUCAUCUGACCUCGUGGAUUAAAAUAAAUAAAUGAGAAACAGUUUUCUGCUCACCAUGACUGUAAUUUACUGUAACUGUCAUACUUAGCCAACACAACUCCAUUUGCAAUAGCCUUCAGCUUUUUCCAAUUUAUUUUGAUGAAUAUGUUUCACAUUGUCUUGUCCUGUAUUUAGUUAUAUUUAUAUUGAAUAAAAUAAUUAUUUGCA